UAAGAAGGUUGCCGUUCCGUUCUCUGCUCCGCAGCUCGCUUCAGAUCUUACGCUUACGGUAUUUACCCGUUACUACUUUUUUACUGGUAUAUGUCUGAGCUAAAGAGGUAAAAGAAGAAGAAGGGGGAAAGCUAUUGUUCCAAGACGAUUGAGACAAAUUCCGACCACUCCCACUCGAUUUGUUUCUAUUGUGCCUGGUUUCUUUUGUUAUCUUCUCCCAUUGAGACUUUUUGUUUCUAUUUCCCCUGCCCUGACCAGUACAACAGGCAGCCCCGCUUUACUUGGUCCAGGUCACCUCGCCCUGGUUACCACCCCCCGGUCCCCGCCUCACACAGUAAUCAGGGCCAUUCGUUGGGCAUAAGAACAUCUACGAACCCGACUAAGCUUGGAGUCAGCUCUUCUCCCCAGUCGUCAAUCAAGAAUUCUUUUUUUUUUAUGAUGCGCCACAACUAGCAGAAGCAAUUGGCGAGCAACAAAUACCAAAUUUUGAGGAGAGUCCACCUAAGGAGAGUGCGCGUGUGCGCGAAUAGCCUCACACAGCGGGGAGAGAGACCGCUGGCUGAGAAGGAGAGCUUGGCGAGCUCAUAAGGCCUCUCUCUCACUGCACCGAUAAAAUUAUAAGUGAGUGCCAGGAUGAUGAACUCGGUCGACAGCAACAACCUCCAAGCUGGACAAUGGACAGGCCCAGAGCCGCGAGCAAAAACGCCAAAACCCGUCGAUCCCCCACCGCCUGUUCGCGCGAAUCAGUCGUCCAAACUUGACCGUCAUGUCCCCCGGUCUAAUGACUUAAUCCCCCGUUAUCCACCAGCACCCAGUGUUGAGGAUGAGGCAUCUUCACUGGCCAAAGAACAUGCACAUUAUCAAGUGCAUUCCCCUUUGCCGGCCGAUGAGGAGGUUCAAUACCGUGGAGAACUAGAGCAAAACCCGAUUCUUGUCCCGGUGCACGAGUCCAAUCCGGAGCGACGGUUUGUGCAUGUUGUUGGAGCCAAGUCUACCAGCGAUAAUGAGUCCGACGAAAGCCCCAAGAACGGAGGCAGUGUUGAGGAGCAGGAAGAUGAAAAGCCAAGGCCGGAGAAUGAGGGCUACAAGGCCAACACUGGUCGCAAGUACACUGUGCCCAGCGUGAUACCGGUUGUUCUGAAGCCUACCGAAAAAGCAAGGCCUCCAGAGGACAAGGUCGACACAGAGCGGAGGAGGCUGAGGAGAAGCCGCAGUGAGCUACCUCGCAUCGAGACUGAUGUAUCCACGAGAGAUCGGUCGCGAAAUCGUUCCAGGGAUCGGUCAAGGGAGCGCCGAAGGGCUGCAUCCCGAGCUGCCUCCCGAAACCCGUCUGGCAGGAAUUCAUCUCGGGAACGGUCUCGGGAACGACAAAGAGCGCGGUCUCGUGCACCAUCCCCAGUCAUCUCGAGGAGAAAGUCUACUGCAUUUGUCAACCAGCGCCCACGUACCGAAUACUUUGAUUCCCCAAGCGACGCAUAUCUAUCACCAAACCCUACCGUGAUCAAGCACUCCACGACGGGACGGGACAGAGCCUACUUUGACAUGAACCACAACUCAGCACCCAACGGCGAAAGGCCACGUUCUACAGUCGUCCACAGCUCGACCAGGCCGAAGGUUUACGACGACAGGGGUGAAAAGCGGAGCGCAGUCUCAUACGAGAGAACAAAACACUACGAGGACUCCCUCAGACGCCCGGCUAGCAGCAUCGAAGUACCGAGAACUUCGCGGGCGUACUCUGACAGGAGACCGGAGAAGAAGUAUGACGAACCUAGUCCUCGCACUAACCGGAGGAAUAUCUCACCUCCACGCUCAGAUGGCCGCAGAUAUUACGGUGGUGGAUCGCCAACUCGUUCAGAGCGUUCCGUCAGGUCAGAAAGGUCGGAUAGGAGGAGAUCUCCCCCAUCGCGAAGGUACUCUGAGCGUGAACGAGAUCGGGAAAGGGAACGGGAACGGGAACGGGACCGCGAUCGCGAUCGCGAUCGUGACCGGGAGAGGGAGAGGGAGAGAGAACGUCUCAGGGACCGAGAAAAACGGAACCGAGAUCGGACACGUGAACCACCAUCGAGAAGCGAUUCAUACAAAAGCCAACGCUCAUCGCACAACAGCGAUGAAUCAAGCGAUGACUAUGCAAGCUCACUCCGGUCUGCUCGAGGCCCCCGAGACAGCCGCGUUUCUUUAAUGAGCGGUGAUCCAAACUAUCUGCUCAGCCCAGAGUCGAUAACUAGGCCUUCCCUCAGCAGCAGAAUGAGCUCCCGACGUGAAACCCCGUUGACAUCACCUCGGGGCUCAGUUGCGGGCAUGGAUACCCCUCCUCUACCGAGCCCACGCUCUUCAUAUACUUUCCCUCAGAUGAAGGAGCGACGCCGAGCUGAUGAAGGUUCCACGUCACCAUUCGCCCCUGGCCCUUCCUCGCCGACGACAGUAUCACCCCAGACUCAGCAUGCGAAGAUACCUAGCCUUACUGCAUCACUGAGUCUCCCUAUAGGCGCAACAAUGACUGCCGGUGCCAUUGUUGCUUCCUCUGGACUUACUGGUAUGCCAAAUGGGGCCAAUGAACCUAUCGAGCGUAUGAUUACACCGAUGCCUCCACCAGCUCAGCGUCAGGAUUCGGCCUCGUCGAUUGGAUCAUGGCAACAGUCCCCGUACAGCCCUCCUGCCGUGCAACCGUAUGAAAACGGAAAUACAGACCAGCAAGUCGUAUCAUUCAGACAGUACUCCGAAGAUGUCAGCGAGGGACGGGUUAACGAUCUUCCCGUAUGCCCUCGCCGGACACCUCAGGUCGGGCUUGCGGAUUGGCUCACGUUUCCGCAAAGUAAUAACUUCAACAUAUGCCCCGAUUGUUACACGGGUGUGUUUGCGCAUACUGAGUACGCUCAUAUGUUUGUCCCGGCGCCAUUCAGACCGAUGGACAAGCCUAUCGGGUGUGACUUUGGAGCUUCGGCCUGGUACCGCAUCGCCUGGCUCAUGACGCGCAAAUCUGGUUUGCCAAACAUGCAACUGCUCCAGAACAUAGCUGUAGUCGACACCAAGAACCAGCCAUGCUCUGGCGACCAACGAAUGACGCGAGUGUGGUUCACAGUCCGCAAUCCUAGGGACAACCGACCCGUGGAACGCUUCCAAGUAUGCGGGUACUGUGCAGGCUCUGUUCAGAGUCUGUUCCCCAACCUUGCCGGCAUUUUUCAGCCGGUAGAUCCCAAGGCCGAGCCGACAAAGGCGAUAUGCUCGUUACACUUCUCCGCAGAGCGUCUACGGUUCCUCGACUACUUCGACCUGCUCGAAGAAACAUCAGACAGGGCCAUGACCCGCGGCUCAAUCCCGGACGUGCGCAGGCUCUACGAGAAGCUGCGACGACUGAGCUUGGGCGACUGCGCGCGCGAUGAGUACCUGACCGACCGCGAGUGGUACACCAUACGCAACUUCCCCCGCUUCACGGCGUGCGAGGAGUGCUUCGAGCAGGUCGUGCAGCCCGAGAUCGACAGGAGCAACCCGCUGGCGAGGCAAUUCCUCUACCGGCCUCAGCGCGUGCGCCGGGCGGCCUGCCAGCUGUACUCGGCGCGGAUGCGUCGCCACUUUGCCGAGGCCUGCCGCGCCAACGAUCUCGACAGGCUCAUUCGCGUUGUCGAGGAGCGGGAGCACAUCGAGAAGGAUUGCAAAGCGCGCAUCGCGCACUAUCAGGCCCAGAACCGCCUAGACAGGGUGGAUGACUACGAGAGGAAAUGGCAGAGGUAUGAGUGAAGGGGAUGAGUGAAAUGACGAGAAUGCCGUUUUUUUUUUUUUAAAAUAGACGCAUCGGGGACCCGAAUAGCAUCUGUCGCAUUAAAAGCGACGCAAAAUGGAGACGGCGUCCUGUAUGUAGAAGUACUUACACAUUUUCUUUUAUCUUGGGUGGAAUACCUGGGGUUUUUAUUUUCUUUGUAGAUUAGUUUGGGACUUUUUGGAGUGUAAAAUGAUGACGAUGAUGAUGACCC